AUGUACUCGCGUAGUCAAGAAAGAGACGAUGAUUAUCGAAGACGUUAUAGUCGACAAGACGUUCAAUAUACAGCUAAUCGUAAUCAACAGCCAUUAGAAUCGAGUAUGAAUCUAAGUCAACGACCUACAGCGAUGGGGUAUCAUUAUUCAGGAGAAUCUCAUGAUCUCAAAGACAAACGUGAAGAAUCAGGAUAUUGUUUUGGUAUACUUAUUGUUCUUAGUUAUUUUCUUGUCGUUAUUACAUUUCCAUUAUCUCUAUGCGUUUGUCUUAAAGUUGUACAAGAGUAUGAAAGAGCUGUCAUUUUUCGACUUGGCCGUAUUUUAGAGAAUGGAGCACGUGGACCCGGUCUAUUCUUUAUCUUACCAUGUGUUGAUACAUACAGUAAAGUUGAUCUUCGAACAGUAACAUUCGAUGUUCCACCACAAGAAAUUCUAACUAAAGAUAGUGUAACAGUUGCUGUUGAUGCAGUUGUUUAUUUUCGAAUUUUUAAUUCGGUUAUAUCAAUAACAAAUGUUGAAGAUGCAGCCAAAUCAACAAAACUUUUAGCAGCAACAACACUACGAAAUGUUUUGGGUACAAAAACACUUCAUGAGAUUCUUGCCGAACGAGAUAAAAUCGAUAAUGUUAUUCAAACAAGCCUUGAUGAAGCAACUGAUCCUUGGGGUGUUAAAGUUGAACGUGUAGAAGUAAAAGAUGUUCGUUUACCAGUUGCAUUACAAAAAGCAAUGGCAGCUGAAGCUGAAGCAUCUCGAGAUGCACGUGCAAAAUUCAUUGCUGCAGAAGGUGAAAUGAAAGCAAGUCGUGGUUUAAAAGAAGCAGCUGAUAUUAUUAAUCAAUCGCCAAUAGCAAUGCAAUUACGAUACUUACAAACAUUAACACAAAUAGCAGCUGAAAAAAAUUCAACUAUUGUUUUUCCUAUUCCUAUUGAACUUUUACAAGCUGUAGCACCUAAUCGUCGUUAA